UACCAACUCCCACCACUCGUUCAGAAUAAAGAGGCUGCGGAUGGCGGGCUGGAUGUCUCGCUUUUCAAACUCCUGUGUGAAGCGCAUCCGCAGGCUGUUAUUAGUCUUGAACAUCAGUAUCGUAUGUGUGCGGAUAUUAUGCUGCUCUCGAACACGUUUAUCUAUGGUGGGAGGUUGAAAUGUGGGACCGAGACUGUCGCAUCCCGAACCCUCAAUAUCCCGAAUCCGGAAGCGCUACAAAUGCACCAUCCCAAACCCUCUCAUCAAAUCACAUCCGCCUCCCCCGACCCUCAGUCAGACAAUCCCACAAACUGGCUAGCUCACACCCUCUCCCCUACCUCCCCCGUCAUCUUCCUAAACACAGACACCACCUCUCUAACCCUCGAAACCGCAUCUGGCAGCCGUAUAACGAACACCCUAGAAGCGCGGCUAAUAACCCAUCUCACGCUCUCCCUCCUCUCCGCCGGCCUACCUGCGUCUGAAAUCGGAGUCAUUGCGUUCUACCGCUCGCAACUCGCUCUGCUAAAGUCGUGUUUGCAAAGUGCAGGAACGCAGACACAAACCUCCAUUCCCACUUCCACAGCCGCAGCGGGGGGAUCAGGAGGGGGAGCAGAAGCAAUCGAACUCCACACCGCCGACAAAUUCCAAGGCCGUGACAAAGAAGUCAUUUUCGUAUCCUGUGUCCGCAGCAACGAAGCCCGCGUCGUAGGCGACUUACUCAGGGAUCGAAGGAGAGUUAAUGUUGCGUUGACACGUGCGAGGUCGAAAUUGGGGGGCUGUGGUGGAUUUGAGGGUGGAGGAUGAGUUAGGGUUAGGGAUGCCGGGCAAACCUCCUACGCCCGCGCCCUCGGAACUCGGACGUCGUGAGGGAGAUA